AUGUGGCUCGUGAAUGAUAACCAACAGUUGGCUGAAUUUUCAUGGAAUACUGAUCCUAAGGUUUUUUUCAUUGGGAAGUUAACUUUUAUUUGUGAUUUCAAAAAAAUAAAAGUUAAGAAGUACCAUAUGUUAUCUGAUGUUUUAAGUUAUCCGCUCUCAUGGAGCAACUUGGCAGAGUCCGGUGUUACAGAUCAAGAAGACAGAUAUAAUUCAGGUUACCCUUCUCAACAGCACCAGAAUACCAACGCAGAUCGUUGGUACGAUCCGUCCGGCCGAUCAAUUAAUAAUCUUGAAAUACUGGGAUCGACGAAUAAUCAGGAUUUGCGAACGAAUGAAGCAUUAGAGAUAUCGCAUUGGCCAUUGCAAGGCAAUCUAUUUACAACCACAGAAACCAAUUAUAACCCGAUGAUGGCUUCGAAUUUGGCGGGUCACAUGACAUACGGUUUCGGUAACGGAAUAUGGAGCGACAAUUCAGAUCGACAAAGACAAUACAACCCUUUAGGACCUAUAGGAUUAGCACCAGGACAUCCUCGACAUUCCACUCCUUUCAGUUCUCCUGCACCAAAUAUCUGGCCAGUUAACGAGGAAGCUCAAGUUGCCGCUAGUACAUCGCGCUUAUCUACGCAUCCAUACCAUCAGCAGUCUGCCGUGAUUAAUGCAAACAUGGCGUCAAGUGGUGUUUGGCCGCAGAAUCUAAUGAGUGGUACAACAUUGCUUCAAGGGCCACCACCGCCACCUUUGCCACCUCAACAUCAACCGCCACCACCUCGCUAUAAUUUAUCCAAUUUUGAUGUGUCUGUAUCAAGUAUUUGGAAUAAUCGGUCAGUUGGUACAACAGUGCAAGCUGCUCCGCCAACACCAACACCUGCUCCAUUGCCAUAUAGCGGGAAUCGUUUGCAAAUAUGGAAUGGUAGCAGUUCGCUGAAUAUGGGAUAUGGCCAUCCACCCCCUUCCAUCGAUUUUCAUGCACCACAGAUUCCACUUAUAUCUGAACGUUUACCAACGAAUCCAUCUGGCAAUAAUAUCUCCAGAGUCAUUUCAUUUCCUAACAAUAAUCAGUAUACUCCUUUUACAUCAGAAUCGAUUUCGGAUGCAGCAGUUCGUAAACGGGAGGAUGAUAUGAUAUGGAAGGAUCCGAAUGGAGAUGUUCGCAAAUGGCAACGAGAUACGGGUACAACUUGUUGGGGAGAUCCUAACAGUUCUGAAAGACAAGGUUGUAAUAUCCAACGUUGGUCUAUUCCACCAGAGGAAGAAUAUGAACUUAUUGAACGGACAGACGUCGCGCAAGGAAUAGAUUCCGAUUUCUAUCGAUUAGCACUUAACGGAAGCAGUAUCGGACGAACGUUUCGUUGUAAUGGGCUGGAAGACGUUAAUCGAUUAACAAAUGAUGAUAAAAAAGAAUCAUUAAAAAGACGUGUGGUCGUAUUAGGGUGGGGUGCUAAUCCGACUCCGCUUCCUUCGAAAAGAUCCAUUAAUGCAGCUGUGAAAGCAGUGGUUGCAACUUCUUUUGUAACUGGCCCAGUGAAAGGAUGGCAAACGAAUCCAUCACACCAUGAAGGUUUCAAUUCGUGUUGGGAUGAUAUUCAACAAAACAGAAAAGUAAAUAGCGAUGUUCCGAAUUCUCCGAACGAAAAAACUAAAAUACGUGUUCUAUCAAAUGUUAUUCAAGAUCUUAAUGCACAAUGUUUUAUUAAUGGAUCAUCCGGCUCAUCUUUGCCAAUUCCCCAAAUUUCACGUUUGUUGCAAACUGCAAUCAUCAGGGAUUAUGUUAGCUGGUCAAUAUUAAGUAGGCGUUUGUCAUCUGAAUCGCUUCUUUUAAUUAAUUUAAUAUUAUUUCGACUUUAUUUGUUGGAGCAACAUGAACGUAGUUUAAAUGAUUUGGUUAAUGAGAGUUGUGGUGAGGCAGCAAAUACUGCUCCAUCAGUAAGAGCGUUAAUGAAUUGUCAACAACGAACAGAAUAUGAUCGAUUGAUGAUGGAAAUUGCAUCUCUUAAUACGGAUAUAUUAAGUUAUCGCGAUAAGCUUCGUCAUAUAAAUGGCGAUUUUGACAGAAAGUCUUCAUUGAUACUGAAUGAUGUUGUUUCGACCACAUUACCACGUCUUGAUGGCUCAUUAUUUGAUUUGCCACUUCAGAUCGACCAGCAAAAGACUACAUUUUCCGUUUUUUAA